AUGAACGGCUAUUAUAAUGGCCAACUGCCGCUCGGCAUGGACGGUAUCCAACAGCAACAGGAACAUCAACAACAUCAACAGCGGCAGCAACAGCAACAGCAGCAGCAGCAACAACAACAACAACAACAACAACAACAACAACAACAACAACAGCAGCAACAACAACAACAACGACAACAGCAUGAACAGCAUGAACAGCAUGAACAGCAGAAUCUACCAAACAUGUCAUCUGGUCCCAGUCCGCUCGUUCACAACAACGACUCGAGCAUGAUGAACAUUGACGACGGCUCUUUCGACGCAAACAUGUUCGGCCAAGACUCCCAGCACCCAAACGCCGUUGGUCGCCGGCAUAGCUUGCCUCAUACACUGCAAGGGUUCUCCCAUCACUCAACAGGGCCGUCUCGCAUGUCCAUGUCUGCUGCGGCCUUCCGCGCUCUUGGAGCAGACGGGGGUAUGCCGAUGCUUGAUUUCACGGCCGGCACCGGUGGCGUUAGCUCAACCGGGGAGAUCCACAGUGCCGUCGAAAAUGCAUUCAAGAACUUCUCGUUUGGGACGUCAGACAACACAGUUGGGUUGCCCAUGUCAACAAUGCCGGGACAGAGCGCCGGCCAGCCACUGGAAACCGCAGAGCAGCAGCAACCCACGACUGCGUCACAAGCUGCCACCGGCUUUUCAUCGGCCUCUGGAACCCUCGCCUCAUCCAACUCGGACCUCCACAACUUUUCCUCUCUGCCUCAGGACAUGAUCGAUAGCAUGAUGUCCUACCCAGGCUUAGACAUGUCCCAAAUGGGUCAUAACCAUCCCUCAUCUCUUGAUACUGCUUCCCUUGCCUUUUUCUCAACCGCCGGCGCCGAGUCCGGUGCUGCACCAGUAUCAUCUCUGGAUUUCUCUUCGGGACAUGGCGAUUCAUUAACGGCAAUCUCCUUUGCUUCUCCUAUGGACAUGGACAUGAGCAAUGGUAUGUCUUUAAUGGCUGGCGGCCCAGCAGCACCGCAAAACCAACAACAACAGCAGCAGCAGCAGCAGCCCCACCAGCCACCUCCAUUAGAUCUCUUCGUGACCGCGCCCCAACCCUCGCAUGCCAUUCCCUCCUCGUCGGGUUCAUUAGCGAGAUCUCAAAUUUCGUCUUUGCAAGAGCAGCAACAACAGCAGCAACAGCAGCAACAGCAGCAACAGCAGCAAAAGCAGCAACCGCCAGUCCAGUAUCAGAGCGGGUUUGUACAGUCCAUCGGAUCGACGCCUUCUCAAAUUGAUAUGCCACCCGGUACAUCUGGCCGCCGGCUUUCCCAUCCCAACAGCAGCGGUACAUCACCAGGAUCUAUACCCCGCACAUCGUCUGCUUCCCUAUCUGCGUCGUCCGCACCCACCCCUGCACAAAUUUCGUCUAAUAGGCCUCAGUCAAAAAGGCCGUCUACGACAAGCAUAACCACCAUGGCUGCUGGCCCCGAGCCGCCCCCAAUAACCUCCAAAACAAUAAAGAACUACUACUCUUCCAGUGGUUUCGACAUGAUCCGUGCUCUCUAUUACGUAUCAUCGCGCCCCAACCCGGAAAUCUCCAUCGGUCCCGUCGAUCUCUCUUGCGCCUUUGUUGUUUGCGAUGCGACAUUGAAUGACUGCCCCAUCAUCUACAUGUCCGACAACUUCCAGCAUCUCACUGGAUACAGUAGCCACGAGAUUCUCGGCCAGAACUGCCGCUUUUUGCAGGCGCCCGAUGGAAGGGUAGAAGCAGGCUCGCGCCGUGAGUUCACCGACAACAAAGCUGUUUUUACGAUCAAGGAGAAACUGAAUGCCGGUCGUGAGGUGCAACAAAGCCUGAUCAACUACCGGAAGGGAGGCAAGCCGUUCCUUAACCUCUUGACUAUGAUUCCUAUUCCGUGGGAUGACUACAAGGAUGGGUUUAGAUACUUUAUUGGGCUUCAAAUCGACCUCGUUGAGUCGCCAGACGCCAUCUCGGGCAACUCCACUGAUUCGAUGCGCAUCGACUAUAAGCACAGAACCAGCAUCCCUCAGUACAUAUGGGACCCGCCCAAGACCAGUCAAUGGAACACCAACUACGGACGCACGCUCAGUGUCGACGACGUUUCUGCACUCCUGCAGCAGUUGGGCAACAGCGGUUUAAUGAAUAGCAAGGGCAUUGGAAGCGACAUUGUGAGCUCGGCCACGUCUGACCUUUACCGCCAGUCCUGGGACAAGAUGCUCCUCGAGAACGUUGACGAUGUGAUCCACGUUCUUUCCCUAAAAGGUGUCUUUCUGUACGUGUCACCUUCUUGCAAAGACGUGCUGGAGUAUGACUCGUCCGAUCUGUUGGGCAACUCGCUGUCGUCCAUCUGCCACCCGUCUGACAUCGUGCCCGUCACACGCGAAAUGCGCGACACCCAGGCUGGCCAGCCGAUCAACUUUGUCUACCGGAUACGUCGCAAGCGCAGCGGUUACACAUGGUUCGAGAGUCACGGUUCGCUGCUUGUAGAGCAGGGGAAAGGCCGCAAGUGCAUUGUACUGAUUGGUCGGAAACGCCCUGCUUUUGCACUGCGCCGUAGCGAUGUCGACAUCAACGGCGGCAUCGGCGACAGCGAAAUCUGGACCAAAAUGUCGACGUCUGGCAUGAUCCUGCAUGUCUCGUCCAACGUCCGCUCUUUGCUCGACCUCCAACCAGAUACUCUCAUCGGUACGAGUAUGCAAGAUCUCAUGCGGAAAGAAUCCCGCGUUGGGUUCAACCGGUCGGUCGAUAAAGUCCGGCGCGGUGUCAUUGCGUCUUGUCGCCACGAGGUACAACAUCGCCGUGGACAAGUUCUUCAAUCCUCAACUAUUCUGUAUCCCGGUGAUGCCGAGAGAGGCCAGAAACCGACGUUCAUUCUUGGCCAAACCAGACUCCUCAAAUCGUCGUCUUCGCGCAACAGCCUUCACUCCAACGCUGGAACCUCGAGCGCCUCGGGAGUCGCAACAACAGAAGCCGACGAUAUUAGUCGAGCGGGUGCAAUCGGGCAGUUGGCCGAACCAGACACGCAGACGGGUGGGUAUAUGUCCGCGGCUGGCGGGGGCGCGAUACCUCUCGGCUCGCAAGAUUCGAUCCUGGCUGCAGAUGACAACAUCUUUGACGAGCUCAAGACCACGCGCUGUACAAGCUGGCAGUACGAGCUGCGGCAAAUGGAAAAGGCAAACCGGCUACUGGCGGAGGAACUUGGCCAGCUGCUGGCAAGUCGCAAGAAGCGCAAGCGGCGCAAGGGUGUUGGCAACGUGCCACGCGACUGCGCCAACUGCCAUACGCGAAACACUCCCGAAUGGCGACGAGGCCCCAGUGGCCAGCGUGACCUGUGCAACAGCUGUGGUCUACGCUGGGCCAAGCAGGUCGGCCGCGUCUCGCCUCGGAACUCGUCCCGUGGCGGGGGAGGCACCACCAUUGCGGGCAGUGCCGCCAUGGACGCUACCAGCAAGAAAUCUGCGUCGCCCAUCCACGCUUCUCCAUUGCAACGCGAAUUUCCGCACGACGUGCAGCAUACCAGUGGUGCUGAAUCGACUAGCUCCCACCAUUCCCCGGCCACUGCUGGAAACACCGGCUGGAACAAUGGAAACAACAGCGGCGGCGACAACAGAAAUACCCUUGGCGGCGUCGGUGACACCGCUAGCCUGGGCUCAUCUUCUCAUGACAACGCCGAUUUGCAGCAAGGCGGCUUCUUCCAGCAGUCUGGAGUCCCUCCGUCUACUGGAACGGAGAUGACGUCCAUUCGAGAAGAGCAAGAAACGGCCACUUAA